UUACUUGGAGAAGUUUUUGACUCGUGGAUAUAUCUAUUAUUUUCAUUUUUCAUAGGUUUUAGUUAUUUUUUUUUCACUUUCCAGUUGAAGCAAGUUUGAAUAGAUAAGAUAUACUAUAAUGGCCCCUUCAAAAGCUCCAGAGGCUCCAGUAAAGAGCGAGCCAACCAGCAAUGAACCAGAAGCUUCCAAGGCUAACCAAAAGAAGAAGCAAGAAGAAGAACUCUCUGAAGAAGAUCAACGCUUGAAAGAUGAUUUAGAAUUAUUAGUUGAAAGAUUAAACGAACCAAAUCAAUCAAUUGACUUGUAUAAUGAAUACUUGAACACUUUAAAGACACAUAUCAAGGAAUCGACUACUUCGAUGACUGCGGUUCCAAAACCAUUAAAAUUUUUGAGACCUCAUUAUCCCUUAAUUUCUGAAUUAUAUGAUAAUUGGGUAAAUAAGUAUUCUAGUAACAAUGAAAUAGUGAUCAAAUUAGCAGAUAUAUUAUCUGUAUUGGCAAUGACUUAUUCUGAUGAAGGUAAACUAGAAUGUUUAAAAUAUAGAUUAUUAUCAACUGAUGAUACUAUUGCUGAUUGGGGUCAUGAAUAUAUUCGUAAUUUGGCCUUAGAAAUUGGCGAAUCCUAUCAAGAAAAAUUAGGUUCUGAUGAUGAAUAUAUUUCAAAAUUAAUUCAUUUAUCAACUAAAAUUGUUCCAUUUUUCUUAAAACAUAACGCUGAAGCUGAUGCAGUUGAUUUCUUAUUAGAAAUUGAAUCUAUUGAUAAAUUACCUCAAUAUAUUGAUGAAAGUACAUUUGCUAGAGUUUGUUUAUACAUGGUUAGUUGUGUUCCUCUUUUAGCUCCUCCAGAUGAUUCUUCAUUUCUCCAUACUGCAUUCUCUAUCUAUUUGACUCAUAAUCAAUUAACCCAAGCUUUGACUUUAGCUAUCAAAUUGGAUAAUGAUGAAUUAAUCAAACAAGUUUUCCAAUCCACUAAUGAUGAAUUAGUUCAUAAACAAUUGGGUUUCAUUUUAUCUCAACAAAAUAAUGGAUUCAAAUAUCCUGGUGAUAAUGAAGAAGUUCAAGAAACUAUUUCCAAUGUUAAAUUAAGUGAAUAUUAUGCUUAUCUUGUAAAAGAAUUAAAUUUAUUAGAUCCAAGAAUUCCUGAAGAUAUUUAUAAAUCUCAUUUAGAAAAUGCUAAAUUUGGUUUAGGUAAUUCUGGUUCAAUUGAUUCUGCUAAACAAAAUUUAGCUGCUGCUUUUGUAAAUUCUUUUAUUAAUUUAGGUUAUGGUACUGAUAAAUUAAUUCAAACUGAGGAAGAUAAUAAAUCCUGGAUUUAUAAAACAAAAGGUCAUGGUAUGAUUUCUACUACUGCCUCUUUGGGUUCUAUUCAUCAAUGGAAUAUUAAUGAUGGUUUACAAAACUUGGAUAAAUAUACUUAUUCUUCUGAAGAGGAGAUUAAGGCCGGUGCCUUAUUGGGUACCGGUAUUGUAUCUGCUAAUAUCCACGAUGAUGUUGAAGCUGCGUUAGCUUUAUUACAAGAUUAUGUUAAUGAUCCUAAAAAAAUAUUCCAAACUUCCGCCAUUAAUGGUUUAGGUAUUGCAUUUGCAGGCUCUUCAAAUGAACAAGUUUUGGAAUUAUUAUUACCUUUAGUAUCAGAUUUAAAUGUUAGCAUCGAAGUUAGUUCUUUAGCUGCUUUAGCUUUAGGUCAUGUCUUUGUUGGGUCCUGUCAUGGUGAUAUUACUUCAACCAUUUUACAAACUUUAUUAGAAAGAGAUUUCACUCAAUUGGCUGAUAAAUUUAUUAGAUUUAUGUCCCUUGGUUUAGGUUUAUUAUACAUGGGUAAAACCGAAUCAGUUGACGAUGUUUUAGAAACAAUUGAUGCAAUUGAACAUCCAAUUAGUAAAACUUUGAAAGUCUUGGUUAAUAUUUGUGCUUAUGCUGGUACCGGUAAUGUCUUGCAAAUUCAAGCUUUAUUACAAAUGUGUACUGCUAAACCAAAAGAUUUAGCUGCUGAAGAAAGAAAAUUAGAACAAAGUGAAGAAGACCAAACUAAAGAAGAAAAACCUGAAGGUGAUGAUAAUAAUGAUACAAACGACGCUACCGCUGCUUCUGGUGAUGUUGAAAUGGAAGACGCUGAAACUAAUGGAGAUAAAGAUUCCAAGCCAAAAGCAGAACCAAAAGAUGAACCAAAAGAUGAUGAUAAGGAAGAAGAAGCCGACUUUGAAGAAGAAGGAUACUUAUAUCAAGGCUUUGCAGUUUUAGGUCUUGCAUUGAUUGCUAUGGGUGAAGACAUUGGUCAAGAUAUGUCAUUGCGCCAUUUCUCUCACUUGAUGCACUAUGGUAAUUCAUUAAUUCGUAGAGCUGUUCCAUUAGCAAUGGGUCUUGUAUCCACUUCAUAUCCACAAAUGAAAGUAUUUGAUACUUUAUCCCGUUAUUCACAUGAUCCAGAUUUGGAAGUGGCUCAAAAUGCAAUCUAUGCUAUGGGUUUAGUUGGUGCAGGUACUAAUAAUGCCAGAUUAGCCCAGUUAUUAAGACAAUUAGCCUCAUAUUAUAUCAAAUCGCCAGAUUCAUUAUUCAUGGUGAGAAUUGCUCAAGGUAUCUUACAUUUGGGUAAAGGUACUCAAACUUUAAGUCCAUUCAAUACUGAAAGAAGUAUAUUAUCUAAAGUUUCAUUGGCUUCAUUAUUAACUAUAUCUGUAUCAUUAUUGGAUCCAAAAUUAUUUAUUUUGAACGAUCUGAACAGUGAAACCACUCAUCAAUUAUUAUAUUACUUAACACCAGCUGUUAAACCACGUAUGUUAAUCACCGUUGACGAAGAGUUGAAUCCUAUCAAAGUGAAUGUACGUGUUGGUCAGGCAGUUGAUGUUGUUGGACAAGCUGGUAAACCAAAAACCAUUACUGGUUGGGUCACUCAAUCCACUCCAGUAUUAUUGAGUUAUGGUGAACGUGCAGAAUUAGAAAAUAAUGAAGAAUGGAUAAGUUUAACACAUACUUUAGAAGGAGUUGUUAUCUUGAAAAAGAAUCCUGAAUACAUGGAGGUCGAUAACUAAUAAAAACGAAAUAAAAUAAAUCAUUUAAAUUCACGUAAUAUAUAUAUUAAUAGAAAAAUGUAAAAAAAAAAAAAAAAGAAAC